AUGUUUACUGUGGUGUUGGUUGCUCUGGUGAUUGGAGGACUAAUUAUCUUCCUGGUUCAGAAGAACAGGAACCAAGUUCUAAAGGCAAGAGAAGGAUGGUGGGGGGCUGGAUCCCCUUCUGAAGUUCAGGAUGACGUCACCAUCCGACCUUUUAAAGUUACCACCAGCAAUGAAGAGCUGCAGGACCUGUACUGGAGAAUAGACCAGACUCGACCUGUUCCUUCACUGGAGGCCAGUCAGUUUCAUUAUGGCUUCAACUCCCACUACCUGCAGAAAGUGGUCUCUUACUGGAGAAAUGAUUUUGACUGGAGGAGACAGGUGGACAAACUCAACCAGUACCCUCACUUUAAAACCAAAAUUGAAGGCAUUGAUGUCCAUUACGUUCAUGUAAAGCCCAAGAAGUUGCCUGAGGGGACUAAUGCUAUUCCCUUGAUAAUGGUUCAUGGCUGGCCCGGCUCUUUCUAUGAGUUUUAUGGGAUGAUUCCUCUUCUAACUGAACCAUCAGACCCAGAGAACCUUGUGUUUGAGGUGGUGUGUCCCUCCAUACCAGGCUAUGGUUUCUCUGAAGCUCCACAGAAGCAAGGUUUUGAUUCGGUUUGUGCUGCACACAUCUUCCACAAGUUGAUGAAGCGGCUGGGCUUCCACCAGUUUUAUGCUCACGGAGGAGACUGGGGCUGGCUGGUUACCACCAACAUGGCUCAACUGCAGCCCAAAACCAUUAAAGGCUUGCAUGUAAACUUUGCCCCACCCUCCAAACCUGGGCUGUCUAUGGCUUUAUCCAUCAUGUUUGGCCAUCACUUCCCAAAGCUGUUUGGCUUCACUGAACUGGAUGUUGGGCGUAUUUAUCCGUGCAUGGAGAAACUGGUGGUGGAAUCCAUCAAGGAGACUGGCUACUUGCACAUCCAGGCUACCAAACCGGACACUGUGGGUCGGGGGCUGAAUGACUCUCCUGUGGGUCUAGCUGCCUACAUCCUGGAGAAGUUCUCUACAUGGACCAGCCAUGACUUCAGGAACUUGGAGGAUGGAGGACUCACCAGGAAGUUCUCUCUGGAUGACCUGCUGACUAAUGUGAUGAUUUACUGGACCUCUGGUUGCAUCAUCUCCUCCAUGAGGUUCUACAAGGAAAACUUUGGCAAAGGUCUGGACCAGCCCCACAUGAAAAUACCAGUCUAUGUCCCCACCGGCUAUGCCAGCUUCCCCAACGAGCUGAUUCAUGUACCAAAACUGUGGGUCAAACAGAAGUAUCGUAACCUGCUUACCUAUACUCCCAUGGCUCGUGGGGGCCAUUUUGCUGCAAUGGAAGAAUCCCAUCUGAUGGCAGAAGAUGUGCAGAAGUUCGUAAAAACAGUUGAGAAGAUGAAGCAGUAA